GAAACAGGGUUGAAAAAUGGGAUUUCAUUAAUUGGAUACGGUAUAUGGGGCAGCCAAGGUGGUCAACAUUGGACUCGACACACUGAACAGACUAUCGAACAACGUCCCUUGACCAUGACAGCUUCUAGUCUGCAUGGAAUAUCUGGCUGAAUAGCAUGUCUGCACGACCUACCUCAUACCUCACGCUGUCGAGCUACCUGCUGCCGUCACUCUCAUCAAGGCACGCACACAAUUGACCCCCUCGACACACUUUUUGGACUAUAAGAACGCUCUGGCGCUUGAAGCUUCAUUUCUUCUCUUUCCAUCAUGGCGAGAGAGGUAUCUGUCGAGUCCAUCUUUGCGCAUCCUCGACCUUCCACGGGAAGCUCUCGGAUACCCGUCCCGAUUCCCUCGGGGUCAACAUCAAAAUUACCGGUAGCUUCGCAACCGAGAGUCAGGGCCAGGGUUGCUCGAGCAGCUUUAGGAGAGAUACAUGAUCCUUCGAACCUCGGUACCAGGAUGAGUGCGACACCGUCGACCAAGAGGAAGUUCAUCAAGCCUCGUGGGACGCCAAGGCCUGGCAAGCUCGACCCAACUUCGUCAGCCGCUCAAUCCAACUCACCCCGUCCUGUCGCCACCUCGUCAAGCCGAUUUCAUCAUCAGACAACGCAUUCCUUUCAAUUGGAAGAUGGAGAGGAGACAAUGCUGAUGGAUGUCCAACCUCCUUCAUCCUUCAGCGGGAUCUCCUCGCCGGAGCCUUUCCCCAUGCCAGAUCAAUCAUCCGUCACAGAGCGCUCUUUUGUUCGCUCGAGUCGCGUGGGACCAGGAAAACUAAUGACACCGUUGAACAGUCAACAAAGCAACGCUGAUCACUCGCUACUCGAGACCACCUCGAUACCUCAUCCUGCACUCCGACGUCUCCCAACACCUCCUUCAUCACAGUCUGGGCCCUCCUCUCCACCUUCCAAGCCCAGCCACAAGGUCCGCUCGAGAGCCAUUUAUUCCCCACCGCGCCCCCAACAACAUGUGCACUCCCCUUCCGAACCAUCUCCCAAUCCUCGGAGCAAGAAGUCGCCCAAGUUAGACUCCGCUUCCACCUUCAUCACUGCUGGCAAGCCAAUCAGUCGAUUCUCAGCUACCCCCGCCCAUGCGUCAGGACUUCUGAGCACCCCACAAACCGCCUCCCAGGUUUCCGCCACAGCUCGAGCUAGUGCGACAGCACAGAACAAGAGACGCCAAUCGGCUCGACCUACAAUGUCACCUGUCAGUACUCCCCAGGAGGUAAAAGGCAGCAGAAAAGGCCCCAUACCAUCUACCGCUCCAGCUGCGAUACGUAAACCUCGGCAGUCGGCAGCAAACAGUUCAUACACUAAGCAUACUGCCAAGACAGUCAAGCGACGUGAAUCUUUGCCUGUAGCGAGCGGCCGGCGAAAGUCCACGACUCCGCUAUCCGUUUCAUCGUCCUGUGCUAGGCGAAAAUCCGCCAUUCUACCCCAGAGGAUCCCCAUCGAACCUGGAGAGGACCCUUUACUCUUACGAGGACCUGAUGGGGAUGAGACGGCCAGAUGGUUGGAGCUUUCUGAAAGAAGCAGAAUGGAGUUGAUGACCACCAGUCGCGAGAGACUAGGUAGCCAACAACCCUCAGAGAUCCUCUCAGCAUCGCUUCGCGGAUCGAGCGCUUCAAGGCAGUCGGAAACUCGAUCGUGGUCAAAACCGCGAUCACUACUUCGACGGUCCGCUACGCCUCGUCCCAUCCUUUUCCCAAGUCCUCCUCAUGAGGUAGACACAAAUCCGAAGACAAGAAUUGAAGACUCGAUGGACGAGGCUCCUGAAUUCGACAUGCCGUUAUUCGAUACUGCUGAUGGUUGGGACUCUGGCGCUUCGGACAAUGAGGUUGAUGACCGUUGCGUUGGAGAAGACACAUUCUUGCACGCUCUUGGAAAGAAUGGAAAGACUUCGACACCGGUGAGGCUCUCAGGGCCACCGGUACGCAUGUCUUCGACAUCGCCUGCCAUCGGAUCCACUCAGGUCGAAUCUGCUGUCAGCGUCGGAACACACGGACUCCUUCCUUCAUCCGUGGACACUGUAGCCUUAGUCUCCGAGCUCAGCGAAAGAGACGGGAGCGAAACACCUCGAAGCAUCAGUGGUCCAGUGGAACUCCCCAAUUCCCCGAGCUUCCGUGUACAAGCUGAUCAAGGUUCAGAAUCAGCACCUAUGGAACAAGGUCACUCUCUGGAAAGCGUGGACGAUGUCGAGACCAGCAUCAUUGUUCAAGACAAUUCGGACGAUGAUAAUCCAGGGUAUAGAAUAUCAAGAUCCCUGAUUGGUGUUGAAGAGGACAACUUCAGCGAGAAGCACGCUUGUCCUGGUUCCGAGCAUUCACCGAAAGACCAGAACAUCGAGGACAUCAUUGCUGCUCAUCUGACACCAGAAGCCAAAAGGGCUUGGCCUACGACCGAUCCGAGCUCGCCCGUUGUGACGCCCAUCCUCAAAGUGGCGACACCCAUGUUGUCUUUCAAGCGUCAGUACGUAACUCGACGAGAUCUUGCCAAAUCCACGUUCACGUUCGAGCUGGCCACCAAGACUUCUGACCGAAUAAAUGAGCAGCAAGAAAUCUGCAACGAUAGCGCAAGCGAUGACGGUAUUCAGAAUGCCAUCGACCGAUCUCUGCUGGCAGAAGAUAUCGAUGGGAUUGGCAUUGAGGAGCCUGAAGCAUCUUCUAAGCUUCGAGAGAUGCCAGACUCUGCAAUCGUUCGUGAUGCGGCUUCAGAUGGUCAGGAUGGUUCCGAGCCCUCAGGCAGUAUAUCUGGAGACGUGACCAUGGAAGCGAAUAGUGACGAAUGGGAUAUCUCAGUCGGACAGGCAAAACCCGAUUUUGGCUCACCAAACGUCGACCCAUCCGCCAUCCUUCCGAGUGCCCAUUCAAUUGCGGGAUCGAUUGCGGGCAGUGACGAAGAUGAUACGGAUGAGCCGGCACGAUAUUCUCGGCGCACAGUUGCUUCUCUCAUCGACGCCAUCCGCUUCAAACUUCCGCCAGCGGCUGAUCCCACGAAAUCCGAUGCACUUGGAUAUCAGGAGCUUGAGAUUGAGGACAAUCUUAUGUCUCGGAAAGAAGAGGAGAUUGAUGCGCAGCAGCAUGUGCCAGAAGAUAUCGUAGAAGAAGCCACGCGAGAGCAGGAGGAGAUGACUCAGGAGAAAGAAGGAGAGGAGACGGAUGUGGUUGCUGUGGUGGACGCGUCGGCUGUCAAUCAGCACGAAGAAUCACGGGGUGUGGAGGACCGGGACAGUGUCGCCAGCCACAUCCCUGAACCUACUCAAGCCGCCUUCGAGUCCGAGUUGUCCAAAAAGUCACCGACCAGGCCUGCCUCGCCUUUUAGACUGACUCCUCUCGAGACGAACCCUCCGGUCCAGACUGGUCGGAAGCUGCCAGAAUCAGGCCCAGAACCCGCUGAUAUCUUAUUGCAAGUUACGGAAACGCCUGCAUCGCUACCUGAAAUUGUGUCCAAUGUUACGGAUAGAGGCGAUUCGAAUCCACCUACUGCCCAGGCGAAGACACACAGGAUAUGCCUAACAUUGGUCCCAAAAGGAGUAAUCAAAGUCGAGCCCGUUUCGCAGACAAUCAGCUUGCUGGGAGGCGCAGCGUUUGCUGAGACGGCUCUCCCUGCUUCGUCUGGCAUGUUCACCGAUCCGCAAGAUGGAGGUCCACAUCUGGAUCCCACAUUGCAUCAUGACCCUUUGCCUGACGUUGCAGCCGAGUCCCCCGUUGUUCCGCUAUCGUCCGCCGAGGCAGACGGCGUGGCAACGAACGAUGUCAGCUCCGGGGAUGCGACAAUCAGCUGUCCAGACGAGUCUGGCGCGUCAAUAGGGCCAAUGGAUACUCCCUCGCCCUUCAUGCCUCCCAGCCAAUCUGGUCGAGAAAGACCUCUUCCUCCGGUCUUGAGGUUUCCUCGAAACAACUCUCCGAAAGGUCCAUCCCUCGAGCUGGUGCUGGCCAGUCGAGUCAAGCACCCUUCUCGACUGUCCAAUUACAUCACUGCGUCAGCUAGCUCAUCUCCGGAGAAGCUCACGGUUGAAGCGGGGAGCAGACUUCCGUCAGAUCCGAUACGGGAUGUCGUCGGAGUGUCAAUGCUCGAGGAAUGUCAGACUGCACGGUCUGCAGUAGCAGAAAUUGCCACUCAACCAGAGGAUGUCAACGAGGGGGAUGUUCUCGCCGCAUGUGGCUCCGCAUCUGCCUCAGCAUUGGGUCUGUCUGGACUAAGUGGACGCUCGGCAUCUUUGUCAGCUCCUGGGCCGUCCUCAGCUGGUGAAAGAUCCCCCGGUUCCCGGUCUUUCCGUUCUUUGGCCGAUGAGAUGGCCACAUCGUCUCAGGGCGAUAUGUCCACUUGGAGCCAGGUUCACGGCUCACUGGUCGAAGUGUCUUCCCUUGAUCCAAGGGCAGCUGCUAGAGCGGCAGCCAUUCUGAAAAUGAACCACGCCUACAUCCAGGACGGGAUUCUUCCAGUCACACCUUCUGCCGCCUCUAUCCCGCUGCCUCUUACACCAUCAACCUCUACAACGCGACGUAUACAUCGGACUCCGAGACCGUUUGAAUCACCCUAUUUUGAGAGUAUCGAGUUAUCACGUCACUUGAGCGAAGAAGAACUCCUUCACGAAGCCGAAUUGGAGAUUGUUGCCAACAGCCGACACCGGUCCAGAGGCCUCAGCAUGGCUAGGGAUAUGGACAAUGGGUACUCGAGCGAUGCUAGCGAGAUGCUAUUACCUGGAGGAUGGGCCAGGACACCUCGCAAGCGCAAAAUGUCAGAAGCGAUGCCUGAGGCUGAUCGGAUCGUUGCAAAGACGUCCCUUCGAUCUACAAUGGGAUCCGACCGGCCCUGGGGAGUGAAGGAGUGGAAGCGGCUGGAAAAGGUGUAUCGAGCGGAGAAAUUGGCGUGGUCUCAGGAUCAAGGUGGUGCUAAUGUGUCACCACCCGGCUGGCUAGGCUGGGCUGCUGCCAAGUUUGGUGCGCCAUCUGCAAAGAACAAGGAAUGGGACAUUGGAAGAGUUGUUCAACGCUUUCUAGAACUCGAGUGCGCUGAAGGAUCUGACGGGGAUUGGUCAUCGACCCUCAUCCGACUCAGAGUCGAGGCGAUCGAGAGGCGACAGUCACGACGCAAAGGCGGCGGUGCCGAUGCUAGGCUUGACGCUCACUCCAGUAAGCGACAGCGAACGAACCUGGAGACCCCAAGACGGCAAGAGGCGACAGACAACUCAAUCGCGAUCGUUCCGCCCAGCACGAUCCGCAGACUCUUCGGUUCCAUCUGGGGUUCAUCGUUCACAGUCGCCCGUUCGGAGAAGAGCGCUGGAGUCAAGGAGGACAAUGCAACUACUCCUGUGUCAUCUAGUCUGACCCUACAGCAAGCCGUCGGAGAGCAAUCUGUCGACCCGCCUUCGAUCACGGCUCCAUCCCAAGUGCAACCCGUGAAGCAAGUCAGGACUUCAACAAUCACCGACUCGACACCGAGUCGGUUCCAACCUGCUCAUCCUUCUUCACCCGCUUGGUCGCCUGCGUUGCCUGUGCCGGGAGCCAUGCCUCGCUCGCCAAAGCCAAAGCCCCCGCCUCUGCACCUUCAGAAGCCAUCUGUCGCUACCGACUCCACCGGACCCAAUGACCCAGCAGGCAUAUAUGGAUCCUCCCCUGUCACUUUGUCUGCUACGUCAUCAACACCUACCAUAAGAACCAAAUCACUGUACCCACCACUUUAUCCCGAUUUGUCAAAACGGGCUGAACCCAUUCGUAAUCUGUUCGAGACGCCCUCUACAACUAGAUUAUCGCCUUCUUCUUCUGUUUCUGUGCCCAUAUCUAUCCCCAGAGGUCGUAUUCCGAGUCCUAGUGUCAAAGAGCUCGCAAAAUCCUUUGAGGACGAAGGUGUCUUGAGUAAAAUGUACAAAGGAAAAGCCAAAGAGAGGGAGAAGAAUGCUCUGCGCCGAGUGCAGAAUAGAGGUGGGUAGACUCUCCAGUUGCCGUAUUUUAUAAUCUAUGCAUACGUAUAGACCUCGAG